CUUCACUAAGCCGCACGCGUUGCAGACAUGUCAAACCUGUAAGCAUAGUAGAACUUCCGUGAAUACUCGUGCACUUAGGCCAGUGUUGAUGAAAUCCUGCGACGGCUGUGGGCCUACGUUGUGGCCGAUCUGCGAAGUUGCCAAACCAAUUGAUCCGAGAAAUAGGCAAAAAGAUGCCCGCAGCAGCAACUACGCAGAGAGACCGGGGCUGUUUCCAGUGCUCGCGCCGUAGGAUUGUCUGCGAUAAGACCGAGCCAUCAUGCCUCAAAUGUGCGAAGAAGAGCAUUGAGUGCUCUGGGCUCGGCAGGAUUCGAUUUGCUGAAGGAGUGGCUAGAAGAGGUCGGCUCAAGGGUUGCAAGGUCCCCAGCGCUGGAGGAGAUGAUGGGUGCCAGAGGUCAUCAAUUACUACCGGGUUACAAGCAGUGCUAGUCUGGCCAGGCGAAGAAAGAGCUAAGCAGAGGAAACGCGAUGCGAUUGAAAGCACCAAUGCGAAAGAACCAACAAGAUCAAUGUCCGAUGCACACCAAGAACCAGCACACGACGGAAUUCCAAGAUCACUGUCUUUAGAGCCCGCCAGGAACGAUGAGGAAGACAACACUGGCGUGGAAGACAUCCGCCGGAGUUACGAUUUAGUUGUGACUGCGCGUCCCCAUCACUACAAUGUUGUUCCUUGGAUCGCACCCAUAGCGCCAACAUUACGGAUGCUCUUCUCGUAUUUCUCCGAUGUCGUCGCCCCAGUCAUGGUCGCACUUGACGACGAUACGAAUGGCUACCGAUCUCUAGUCCUUCCAAUGGCAGUCGAAGAUGAUGUUCUGGGUCAGGCGGUGAGUGUUGUCGCCGCGCAACAUCUCAGUCGUCAGCGACCCGAACUCCGAAAAGCAGCUGAGGCGAGACAUGCCGCCAUUAUCUCGCGCUUGCGCAGCGACUCUUUGCAGCAGUCUGCGGAUAAGGUUUUUAACAAGUCCACGUGGGCUACUCUGAUCGUACUUCUGGUUGGUGAGACGGUGACCGGGAGUGAGGAUUAUGGCUUCCUCAUCCAGAUGCUGCUCAGCUUGUCCGUGAACAAUCCUGGCCGAGACGCCGAUCCCGUCUUAUCAAAAUUCUUACAAGCGCAGACUUACAUGUUUGAGCUGCUUGGCGUACCCUUGCUCGGUGAGGAGGCGGGUUUGCUCACGACAAUGAAAGCUUCCGAGUCUUUGAUGUGGUGGCUAUCAUAUCCGCAUCUCCCAGAGGACAGCGAAGAUCGACGCCUUGCGGAUCUGAUACGGCAAUGUUUCGUUUCCGCAUGUGACAUUUACAUGCGAUGCGCAGCCAACGUCGAUACAAUCCCAAGCUUCCAUGACACGAUACAAGCACACAUGAUCCAGCAGCUCAUCGGUGUGAUGUCACAAAUCCUCCCUGACGCGCGUGGCGCUCACGCGCUUGUCUGGGUGUGCUUUGUUGCUGGAGCAGCUUCGACUGAUCGGAGUCAAAGGGACUUUUUCGUGCACCGCAUGGAAUCAAUCUACGCACGUACGCAGUUUCGAAAUAUUCCUACUGCAAUACAGGGCCUGCAAAAUGUAUGGGCGCGUGGGUACGGGAAACGGUGGACCGUCUGUCUUCCUCAGUUGUCGAAUGUGCUAGUCAUGUAAGGCAUAUGCCUAAGAAUCUAUGUUCUUACAUGCAACAAGUUCUUACUACGACGACGAACACACUACUACAUCUGCUGUAGGCUAUCAUGCCUACCU